GCUCGGAGCCGCCGCGGCGGGGGCAUGCGGAGGCGGCGCUGAGGCGACAGCAGCGCAGGCGGCGGAGCGGACCCGACCCAGCCGACAUCUUGUCUCCCCCCCCGCACUCCCCGGCCCUGUGAGCCCGUCCGCCCCGUGCGGGAGGCGGCGCGGGAGAGCCGGAGCCGCCGCGGCUGAGGAGGGAGGAGCAGGCGGCGGCAGCGCGGCCAGGGUUUCCAGGUGCAGCUAUGAGGAAGCCUCGGAGGAGGUCCCGGCAGAACCCCGAGGGGAGACGUUCUCCCUCGCCUUACAGCCUGAAAUGCUCGCCUACCCGGGAGACUCUGACGUAUGCCCAGGCCCAGCGGAUAGUGGAGGUUGAUAUUGAUGGACGGCUCCAUCGCAUCAGCAUCUACGACCCCCUAAAGAUCAUCACGGAGGAUGAGCUGACUGCCCAGGAUAUCACAGAGUGCAACAGCAACAAGGAGAACAGUGAACAGCCCCUGUUCCCUUCCAAGUCCAAGAAAACUCCCUCAAAAGGCAAAAAGAAAGAGUCAUGCUCCAAACAUGCACCAGGGACAUCUUUCCAUUUACCCCAGCCCAGCUUCCGGGUGAUGGACUCCUUCAGCCAGCCAGAUGCCCCUCCUCUGCCUGCAGCAUACUACCGGUACAUCGAGAAGCCUCCUGAGGACCUCGAUGCAGAGGUGGAGUAUGACAUGGAUGAGGAGGAUCUGGCUUGGCUGGACAUGGUUAAUGAGAAGCGGAAGGACGAUGGCUACGGGACAGUUUCUGCUGACGCUUUUGAGCUGCUGGUGGAUCGGUUGGAAAAGGAGUCGUACUUGGAGAGCCGCAACAACGGGGCCCAGCAGUCCCUGAUUGAUGAGGACGCUGUCUGCUGUGUCUGCAUGGAUGAUGAGUGUCACAAUAGCAACGUCAUCCUGUUCUGUGACAUCUGUAACUUGGCCGUGCACCAGGAGUGCUAUGGCGUACCCUACAUCCCAGAGGGCCAGUGGCUUUGCCGCUGCUGCCUGCAGUCCCCUUCUCGCCCGGUUGAUUGUGUUCUGUGCCCAAACAAAGGCGGAGCCUUUAAGCAGACCAGUGAUGGCCGCUGGGCCCAUGUUGUUUGUGCCAUCUGGAUCCCCGAGGUCUGCUUUGCAAACACUGUGUUCUUGGAGCCCAUCGAAGGGAUAAAUAACAUCCCGCCCGCUCGCUGGAAGCUGACUUGCUACAUCUGCAAGCAGAAGGGCAUGGGAGCUGCUAUCCAGUGCCAUAAGGUGAACUGUUACACUGCCUUCCAUGUCACCUGUGCCCAACGGGCUGGUCUCUUCAUGAAGAUAGAACCCAUGAGGGAGACCAGCAUCAACGGCACAACUUUCACGGUGCGCAAGACGGCUUACUGUGGGGCACAUUCCCCACCCGGUACAAUGAAAAAAGGGUCUACGACUGCUGCUAGUGAAGGGGAGGAGGACAUCGCAAAGGAGGAAGGAGAGGAGGAAGACGGCACCGGCACCCCCAAGGGAUCCCUGAAGAAGAGCAAAGUGAAGCUGAAGCAGAAGAUCAAAAAGGAAGCCUGUGACCUGGCAGAUGGGCGUUCAUCUAUGCCACUGGUGACAGUCACACAGAUCCCCUCUUACAGGUUGAAUAAAAUUUGCAGUGGACUCUCUCUCCAGAGGAAGAACCAGUUUAUGCAGCGGCUACACAACUACUGGCUGCUGAAGCGCCAGGCGAGGAACGGUGUCCCUCUGAUCCGGCGCCUCCACUCUCACUUGCAGUCCCAAAGAAACGCAGAGCAGAAGGAGCAGGAUGAGAAGACCAGUGCAGUGAAGGAGGAACUGAAGUACUGGCAGAAACUGCGGCAUGAUUUGGAGAGAGCACGGUUGCUCAUUGAGCUGAUCCGUAAGAGGGAGAAACUCAAACGGGAACAGGUCAAAGUUCAACAGGCUGCUAUGGAGUUACAGCUGACUCCUUUCAAUGUGCUGCUGCGCACAACUUUGGACCUGCUGCAGGAGAAGGAUCCGGCUCAGAUUUUUGCAGAGCCCGUUAACCUGAAUGAGGUUCCAGAUUACCUGGAAUUCAUUUCCAAUCCAAUGGAUUUUUCCACCAUGAGGCGGAAGCUGGAGUCCCACCUGUACCGAACCUUGGAUGAGUUUGAGGAAGACUUUAACCUUAUAGUUACCAACUGCAUGAGGUAUAAUGCUAAAGACACGAUUUUCCACCGAGCAGCUGUCCGGCUGAGAGACCUCGGAGGAGCGAUAUUACGCCAUGCGCGACGGCAGGCUGAAAACAUCGGCUUUGACACUGAUGUGGGGAUUCACCUGCCCGAGUCACCCAAAACGGAAGACUUUUAUCGCUUUUCUUGGGAGGAUGUGGACAACAUUCUCGUCCCCGAGAAUCGGGCUCACCUUUCCCUGGAGGCGCAAUUGAAAGAGUUGCUGGAGAAGCUGGACAUGGUGAGCACCAUGAGGUCCAGCGGCGCCCGGACUCGACGCAUCCGGCUCUUGAGACGUGAGAUCAACUCCAUCCGGCAAAAGCUGGCCCAGCAACAGAACAAGACCAUGCCAAAUGGAGAGCCUGCCUCGCGGGAGGAGGGGCUGGACAAACCGCUAAGGGGAGAGCAGGACGAUGAUGGGAAGAAAGCAGAUGACACCAAGCCCCCACAUCCACCCACCCUGGAGCCCACGGGACCCGCACCCUCCCUGUCUGAGCUGGACUCUCUGCAGGACCCUCCAACGCUCAAACCCAUCAGUGAAAGCAAAUCCUUGAACAGACUGCAGAAGCGGAUGAAAUCGGAGGGCGAACUCUUUGAUAAGAAGGCGCUACAGAGGGAGAGCCACGCUUUCCAACGCUUGCUCAGUGACAACGGGCUGAACGGACUGGCCCUUCAGGCCAUGGACGCUCCUGCCAGCCCCCCGUUCAGUGGCGUGGGCAGGCGUACGUCUGUCCUUUUUAAAAAAGCUAAGAAUGGGGUGAAGCUGCAGAGGGGCCUGGACUGCCCCCUGGAGAACGGAGAGGACCACAGCCAGAGCGGACAGCUUUCCCCCUCCAGUGCGGAGGGCGAACGACAGGCCCGGAAACGGCUGCGGAGUGGGAGCUGCAGCGCGAGUGAUGGCGAGAAAUCCCCCAGGCAGUCAGGAGAGACAGCAGGAGUGACCAACGGCUUUGGGAAACAUACGGAAAGCGGGUCUGACUCGGAGUGCAGCUCCGGCCUUGGCAGUGGGCUGGCAUUUGAAGCCUGCAGUGGUUUGACUCCUCCUAAACGUAGUCGAGGGAAGCCAGCCCUUUCUCGGGUCCCCUUCUUGGACGGUGUGAAUGGAGACUCUGAUUACAGCAGCUCAGGCAGAAACCUCCUGAUGCCCUUUGAGAGCCACGCUGAACUGGAACCUUUGGAGCUGGUGUGGGCAAAGUGUCGAGGCUAUCCAUCCUACCCUGCCUUGAUAAUUGAUCCCAAGAUGCCGCGCGAGGGCCUCCUUCACAACGGAGUCCCCAUCCCCGUCCCUCCCCUGGAUGUGUUGAAGUUGGGGGAGCAGAAACAGACAGAGGCAGGAGAAAAGCUCUUCCUUGUCCUGUUCUUUGACAACAAGAGAACCUGGCAAUGGCUUCCGCGGGACAAAGUUCUUCCCCUUGGGGUGGACGACACGGUGGACAAGCUAAAGAUGAUGGAGGGCCGAAAAACCAGCAUCCGCAAGUCCGUCCAGGUGGCGUACGACCGAGCAAUGAUUCACAUGAGCCGCGUCCGGGGAGACCACCCCUUUGUCACGUCAAAUUAUCUGUAGGGAGUCGGAAAUGCCCACUCUGCCCCAUUCUUUCAGACUCAGUCCUUGCACCUGUUGGCACAGUGGACCUUGCCAUGCACAGAAUGGUAGGGGCUUCCUCCCUGCCUGGAGGAGUGUGAUGGGGCAUCUGCUGUGUUCUUUUCUGUUCCUGUGAGAGCUGAAUUAUGCCUAACAGUGUGAGCAGCUCCUAUGAAGUACCUUGAUUCGUGCCAAAAAGCCUGUCUGGAUUCUUUCUGAAUGUGUCUCAUUGAAGAGCCGGCAGGAGAGGAAGUGAUGUAUUAGGCUGGACCACAAGAAAGAAGCCAGGAAGAGCUGCAGUGUGACAGCUGUGCCUUGGCAGAAGUCACAGUCAACUGGUGAAGUGCGGGGGGAGCUGCAGUCUGAUGGUUGGACCUCACGCCCCGCACCUCUUGGGUUUUUAGUCUGCAGCCAGCCCUGAGUAAUUCUCUGGAAUCCAUCACCAUUGUAAAUAAACCAGGACCCUUUAGUGGAACUCCAACUGGACUGUCUUGUGCCAAAUUUACAAUAACCAUCACUGGACUUUUUUAAUUUCAUUUUUUAAAUGACAUUGGUUGCCCCAUGGCGUUAACAAAUUUGCAGCCUACUGUUAUUGUUAUGACUCCCAUGCCUAUGUAUAUAUAAUAUGUUUUCAUGGUAGGUUUUCACCACAAUUAGAAAAGAUUGAGAUCAUAUUUUGAUAACUCCCUUUUUCCUUACGCACACAUGCACAGAUGCACAGAGCUUUAAAUAUAAAAAACAAGUUCCCGAAUUUUAUUUUUUAUUUUUGUGUGUGUGUGACCUAGACCUUUAUAGUCAAUAGUUUUCAUGUGUAAAUUUCAAUUUCAGUGACAGUGUGACAAUUCCAAGAACAUGUACUUCAUAUUGCAUCUUAACAGAGUAUUGAGUCUGGGGCAAGAAAAUGUCUUUUAUGUUUUUUUAACCUAAUUUUGGAAGCGUCUAAUCAGCUGGAGCAGCUUUACGGACACUAACGUUGAUCAGGGCGGGAGGAAGACACACCCUGUGGUGUCGUUUUAUGCACAUUCAGUUUAAAAUAACUAGUUGGAAUGUCAGACCCCAAUUCCUCUCUGCCCUUAUUUUUUCACUGACUGUCUUUUUAAAGUUUUCCUCCAGCUUGGUUUGGACUGAAUUAAAGCUGUGACUGGAUUCCUGCUAGCUGGAGCACAUAACCAUUUCACCCGUUCACUUUUUCUCACACUAACACAUCUCUUCCCUGCUCUGUGGGUCUCUAGCAUUUGCGAUCCAUUCAAAACAAAAAAACAAAACCCCAGCUCUGCAGAGAAUCCUGUUUUAUUGCUUUUAUAUUGCAAAAAUGGGGACAGCUAAUGUUUGAAAGCUGAUGACAAAACUUUUCUUUUCUAUUAGCCAAGGAUUCAUCAUUUCUCUUAUCUGUUCUGUUGUGUUUUUUUUUUUCUUUUAAAUUUUAAGAACCAAAGGUGCAGAUCAAGAUUGUAGACAGAAUAUCAUCCUUUCGCUUUUUAACUCAAUAUUUUUUUAUUAUUUUAACUUUUUCAUACUAAAGAGAAUGUGGGGAGAAAAUAAUAAUAAAUGGGUGGGGGGGGGAAAUCACUGCCAUUUCUACUUGGUCUACUUUUUUAAAGUACCACUUCUUAUACAUUGGGACAUGGAACCACACUUUAAGGAAAAUACCUGUAACAUAUAAAGACGGGGUAUAGGAUUUUGUAAAAAAAAUAAUAAUCCCUAAAGAGUGUGGAUAGGGAAGGAAGUUGUGUACAUAGUUGUAAAAUAUUGUUCUAAAUUAUUCAGGCCUAUUGUCACCAUUCUUGAAAGUCCUCAGUUGUGUUGCUGGGUCUUUUUGUAUGCACACAGUAUAAUUUAUUUAAAGGAACAUACACUUUUUCCAGAUAGUAGCUCAGCUGUGGACUUGUGACCUGUGUAUAACUGUUUUAAGAUCUUGGGGGCGGGGUGGGGGAUUUGUUUUGUUUUCUUUUUUUUUUUUUUAAUGACAUUUUAGAAGUUUAAUUGGCUAAUAUCCUGCUGUUGCUAUGGGACCUAAACGUUACUGUCAGUCUGCUGUAAAGCACAGAUUGCUCUAUUUAUUGUAGAAAGUGAGUUUAUUUGCUUUCUAGAAUUGUUUAUAUCAGAUGGUAUAAGAGAGGUAAUAAGAAAAUCUAUGCUUGUAAAGAAAAAAAAUGCUAAUUUUACCUACUAUAAUCUGACUGUCUGAAACUAUAUUUUCUCUCUGAGAAAUAAAUGUUCUAAUGUAAAA